AUGAAUAAUGUUCAAAUCGAAUCUUCUCAAGAGAGUUUAUUAGUGACACGAAAAAGAUCACGAUAUGAAUGCAUUGACGGGGAAACUCCUUUAAAAAGGAGGAGGAGACUUAAUAAAAUGGCUGCUGAAAGAAGUAGAGCAAAAAAGAAAGAAAACGAAGAAAAAUUAAUAUAUCUAGCGAUAACUCUACAGGCUGAAAAUACAGCUUUGAGGUCUUUAGUGUCGAAACUCAAAGAAGAUUUAUUGCUUCUACGAUCGUAA